CGAUUCGAUUCGAUUCAAGUUAUUUUAAAGAAGAUUCGAUUCGAUUCGAUUCGACUUUGAAAAACCUCAGUUCGCACACCUCUAACUGUUUUCAAUAGUACUGAGACACUGCCAAAAUUCUCUGUAAUUUUUGUUGACAACGCAUGAGCACAUGACUGAUCAUUAAGCUGUAUAACGACUGACAUACUCUCUGGGAUGCUUGUGCUCGUAGGCUAUACCUGAACUUCCUAUCCAAGAUUUUCCUCUAACUGAAUUGUACUGCUAUCACUAUAGAAGUAAACAAAAUCAGAUUUGAUUAUUGUUACGAUGUAAAAGUUAUACCUUAGCACAAUUUGUUGCCAAAGACAUGUAGGUGGUGACAAUACAAAAUAAAUUUUUGGAAGUUCUAUUUAGUGAGCUGACUGUGGACUGUCAAUGUGUAGUGAUUUGUUUGUAUUAUGCUUCAUUAUGUCUUUGCAAACCAACCAUUUUGGGAAACCCUCGCCUUUUGUGGUCAUCAAAUAAAUAAAAUAAAAUGCAAAUGGUAGAAUUCAUUUUUGAAAAAAAUCUAUCUUGAAAGCAGAUGAUACAAAUUUAAGAAUAGGUCUUCUAAUUUUCUCUCCGAUUUAGCUGUUUAUGGUUUGCGCUAGGUCUCUUCUCCUUUAGUUUGCUUCCACUCUUGUACCCUAUCGAGAGUUAAAGCUACUGACACCUUGAUAUUAUUAUUUAUGUAUAAUUUUUAAGUUAAGUAUAAUGUGUUUCAAGGUAUCAUCUGCUAAAAAUAAUCCAUAAUCACUAAUUUCAUUUAAAAAUCUAAGGUUCCAAGGUGGCUUGGUAUCAGAUCAAACGCGCAAAAGGAAAAGUGAAAAUCCAAAACAACGGUGUUGAGUCAGAGAACGCCUCCGCGAUAGGCAACACAUAUCACAUCAAUGCCCAAAGGUGGCCUACUUCCCAGGAGCCUCACUAGCGGUUGGAGGGGGAUGGCAAAGGGGCAGCACCAGGCACCACUUUCCGAUUGCACCCUAUCCCCUGCCCCCUCCCUCUCCACCUCCUGCGUCGAAGGCCGUUGCCUCCAUAGGUAUCCACGCGAACGAUUAGUCACGAAAACGAAACUUCAGAACAGCUGAACAAUGAGGAAAUCUAACCCAAUCAUCUGAACGCCAACUGACUUUCAUUCUUGACUUAGCGAGUAAAACACAUCCUUCCAAAUUGUUUGGCCAAAAAACUAAAGAUAGCAGCACCUGCUCAAGGUUUGCUGUGGCGCACAUGCCGUCCUUUCAAAUGGACUGACUGCAAUGUGACCCAAGAAGAUACCUAUUUUGUAUCACUUGAAACUUGAAGAAACCAGAUACGUCGUCUGUCUGAAGACAACUCACAUUACUUGUGGGAAAUGGAAGAAACAACUGGCGCGACCGGCGCGACACGCCCCGUCGUGGACAUGGCGAGCAUCGUGGAUCACGACAACGGCACCUCCCUGAAGGUCCUCACGGUCCCCGCCUCCACCCUCUUGGAGGACAUCAACACGGCGUAUUUAGACGCGUUCAACCGCGCGACACGCGUCGCCGUGGACGUGGAGAGCAUCGCGAAGAGCAUCGUGAGCGUCAAGGAGGACGGCACCCCCGUUACUGCCCCCACCCUCAAGGAAGAGGUCAAGAAAGCAGAAGCAGACGCGGCGGUCCAGACUCGCGUGACUUCGCGCGCCGUGGACAUGGCGAGCAUCGUGGAGGACGGCGACGACGCCUCCCUCACAGUCCCCGCCACCCUCUUGGAGGAUAUAAACGAGGCGUACUUGAGGGCGUUCAACCGCGCGAAACGCCCCGCGGACGAGGAGAGCGUCGUGGAGGACCACGACAUCCCCGCUGCUGUCCCCGCCCUCGAGAAAGAUGAUGGCGAGAAAGAAGGCGCUGUGCUCCAAACCAGCGCGACAAGCGCCAUUGAGGAUGAGGACGACGACAUCCCCGCUACUGUCCCCGCCCUCGAGGAAGACGAUGGCGAGAAAGAAGGCGCUGUGCUCCAGACCAGCGCGACAAGUGCAGUAGAGAAUGAGGACGACGACGACGAUGAAGAAGAAGACUUUGACGACGUCGAAGAUUUCGACGACGACGAAGACUACGAAGACUACGACGAUGACGAAGACUAUGAAGACUUGGAAGACUACGAAGACGACGACUAUGACGACGUCCCGACCCUGGGCGAGAAAGUAGACGCGGCGCUCAAGAACCUGGAGUGCCCCUUCACGUGGGAUACUCCCCCGAUGCAGUCGCACCAGAUCGAAGACAUCCUGGUCAAGAACAAGGGCCGCAUGCCCAUGAUCUGGAACGAGGUCAUCAUCAUGGCCAAGCUGGCCUACACGUUCUGUCAGAAGAAUCAACCCCUGCGCGGCUUCCACUGCCUCGUCGAGGCCUACAUGCGCCUCCUGCCCGCGUUCGACGAGGGCGACGAGCUGGUGCGCGACUACUACGAGGCCCUCAAGCACCUCGUCGACGCCACCUGGGCGCACAUGUGCCGCCUGUCCUCGCUCACCUCGGAGUACCCCGACGAGUCCCUUCGCGACCUGGCAGCGCUCGUCGACGGGCUCACGCCGGGGAAGUCCCUGCGCCCCAGCCAGCGGUCUGCACUCCUCAUCGUCCGCGCCAAGUGCGCGCAUUACCCAGACAGCGUCCCCCUGGCGCGGGAGGCCAUCGAGAUGUGGCCGGACGAGGGCCACUGGCACACCGUGCUGGCCAAGCUGCUGUGCUCGGGCCGCUACAUGCAGAAGCAGCUCGGCGAGGUGUACUCGCUGUACUCCCAGCUGGAGCAGAAGAAGGCGGCCAUGGCCGGCUUCGAGAAGCGCAAGACCGUCGAGGCGUACCUCAUGCUGGCGAGCGUCCACCAGGACACGGGUUUCUGCUCUAAGGCCAUGGAGAUCAUGAAGGAGGCCGUGGAGGCGUUCCCCAGGUCGUCGUGGGUGCUGGUGGAGGCGGCCGAGAUGGCCCGCGCGCUGCCCAAGCCGCAGCGCGACACCCGCAGCGCCCUCCGCUGGCUGCGGCGCGCCCUGGAGUGCCCCGGCGGCUCGUGCCCCUACGUCAGCUACCUGCUCGGCGUCCUGCUCCUCGAGCGAGGGGACAACAUCGAGGCCCGGCCGCACAUCGCGCGCGCCGCCCCCCAGAUGGAGGAGGCCAAGGAGCUGCUCAACGUCCUCAACUCCAUGGGGGCCAGGUCCGCCUCGCCCUGGCAGUUUGUGCGGAGCUCGAGCGCCUCUAGCAGGCUCUUGGACGGCAUGCGAUCGCUGGGCUUCAGUGUCUUCCGCGUCGAUGGCGGGGCCACCAUCCCUGGCCGCUCUGGACGGAAGAGGUUCUAAGACGGUCUCCCCCGUGUGCUCCCUCUCGCCCUUCAUCCCCCUGACUUUGACUCGUGAUGAUGUGGUCGAGUGGUGCCAGCAGCAGCUUGCCAUAGGCUUGAAGCCGAUGAUAGUGAGUGAAAAACGUUCAGUGCAACGGGGACUAAAUUGAUGAACCUUCUGGAUCUGAUGUUUUCUGUGUUUGUAGACACGAUUUUGUUGGUGAUGUAAUUUUUAGAAACAGUACUAUUCAUAUUUUGAUGUGUGGACACGCUUUUGUUGGCGAUUUAAUUAUUAGUAACAAUAUUAUAUUUUGAUACGUAACUGUUCAUUGUGAUCUGACAAUUUUACUUGUUUAAGUUGUUAGAAUG